AAAACUGACCAAGAAAGACCCCCGACGAGUCUUCGCUCCCCUUGCAACAAACUCACACCCACCACUCCAACCCCGUCCUCGCCGCCGCCACCAUGGCCAUCUCUCCAACCCCAACCGCCGCUGCUCUCCUCCUCACCAGCUUCCUCUUUCUCCUAGCACCCUACGCCACACCCAUUUCAUCCGACCCCAUUGUCUCUGAACUCUCCGCCCUCCAAUCCCAGGCCCCGACCGGCGUCAUUCACCUCACUGACUCACUCCUCCGCCGCAUCCUCUCCCUCCCCUCUCCCCGUCCCUUCUACUCCCUUAUUUUCUUCGAUGCUCAUCAGCUCCAUUCGAAACCCGAGCUCUCUCUCCCGACCCUCAAGUCCGAGUUUUCCCUUGUCUCCUCCUCUUUUCAGUUCAAUAACCCUAACGAGAGGUCCCAACUCUUCUUUUUUGACAUUGAAUUCCAAGAAUCCCAGGCCUCUUUCGCCCUUUUUGGGGUCAACUCUCUUCCCCACAUUCGCCUAAUCCCACCCACCGCCUCUGAUAUGAAGAGAGAUUCUAUCCAAAUGGACGCCUCCGAUUUCUCAAGAUUGGCUGAUUCCAUGGCUGAAUUUAUCGAAUCCAGGACUGGGCUCUCUGUGGGCCCGAUUAAUCGCCCGCCCAUUGUUUCCAGGAAACAGAUCAUGUUUCUACUAGCCAUAGUUUUGAUCUGGACUCCGUUUUUCGUGAAGAAGUUGAUUGCUGGGAACACCAUUUUGCACGAGAAGCACGUAUGGAUGGCUGGAGCGGUUAUCGUUUACUUCUUUAGUGUUUCGGGAACGAUGUUUAACAUAAUUAGGAAAAUGCCGAUAUUCAUGGUGGACAGGCAAGAUCCAAGCAAGUUGGUAUUCUUUUACCAGGGCUCAGGGAUGCAGUUGGGAGCCGAGGGGUUUGCGGUUGGUUUCUUGUAUACGAUUGUGGGGCUGUUGCUGGCAUUUGUUACUCACGUGCUAGUUAGAGUGAGGAACAGGACUGUUCAGAGAUUGUUUAUGAUUUUUGCGAUGUUUGUGUCGUUCUGGGCAGUCAAAAAGGUUGUUUUCUUGGAUAAUUGGAAAACAGGGUAUGGCAUUCACGGGUACUGGCCUUCGAGUUGGCAGUGAUUGUCAUGAAAAAGUGUAGGCAUAUCUGGUGUUGUUGCCUCUAGGUAAGAGUUCCGUGCCAGUACAAUUUCUUGGCGGCAUUCAACAGAUUGUAGCUCAUGUUAGACAACUUGAGCAUUUUUACUUGAAUGGAUAUUCUGUUUUCUCGAGACUUACUUAUACAGAAUACUGAAAUCUUUGUUAGAUUAUGUUAUACUGAUGCAGUUCACUUGCUAUGUCUGUAAUGUGAUUAGAUAUUUUUGUUCUGUUU